CCGGCCGGCCAGCAGCCGGCAGCAGGCGGCGGAGCGAUGGACGCCGCCGACCUCUCCAUCAUCCACCACAUCGGCCUCGUGCUGCUCGCGCUCUGGGCCGCCGCCUCCCUCGGCUGCUGCCACUCCGUCCUCUUCAUCCUCGCCUUCCUCUACCUAUACAUGGUAAAUGCCCGCUGUGCAAUGAGAAUGCAGAAGAGAAUACAGCAUGGGGAAAUGAAAUCUGCCUACCAACGAAGGAUGCUUUCUGACGGAGAGUCUGUACGAUGGUUAAAUCAUGCAAUCAAAAAGAUGUGGCCUAUUUGUAUGGAGAAGAUUGUUUCGCAACUUUUGAAGCCCAUCAUACCGUGGUUCUUGGAUAAGUUCAAACCUUGGACAGUUAGUAAAGCAAGUGUCCUGGAGCUUUACAUGGGUAGGGAUGCACCAUUGUUUACCUCGAUGAGAGUUCUACCUGAGUCAUCAGAUGAUGACCAUUUGGUUCUGGAGCUAGGCAUGAACUUCCUAUCUGCUGAAGAUAUGAGUGUUGUGCUUGCGAUGCAGCUGCAUAAGGGGGUGGGAUUUGGCAUGACCGCAAACAUGCAUUUGACUAGGAUGCAUGUCGAGGGAAAGGUUUUACUUGGUGUGAAGUUUGUACGGAGUUGGCCAUUUCUUGGCCGUAUAAGACUAUGCUUUGUGGAGCCUCCUUAUUUUCAAAUGACUGUAAAACCACUCGUUGGUCAUGGACUUGAUGUCACUGAAUUUCCUGGAAUUUCAGGAUGGCUGGAUAAGUUGAUGGAUACUGCAUUUGGGCAGACAUUGGUUGAGCCCAAUAUGCUUGUUAUCGAUAUGGAGAAGUUUAUAUCUACUCCUUCUGAAAACAAUUGGUUCGACAUUGAGGAGAGGCCUCCUGUUGCGUAUGUGAAACUUGAGAUUUUGGAAGGAAUUGACAUGAAACCAGCUGAUAUAAAUGGGCUCUCAGACCCUUAUGUGAAAGGUCGUCUUGGCCCUUGUAAAUUCCAAACACAAAUACAGAAGAAAACAUUAUCCCCUAAAUGGUUUGAGGAGUUCAAGAUACCCAUUACGUCAUGGGAGGCAUUAAAUGAGCUUGUUAUGGAAGUUUGUGACAAGGACCACCUUUAUGAUGACUCGCUUGGAGAAUGUACCGUAGACAUAAAUGAGCUGAGAGGUGGACAAAGACAUGACAAAUGGAUAUCACUGAAGAAUGUCAAGAAAGGAAGGAUCCACGUGGCGAUAACAGUUGAAGAUAUAUCAGAGGAGAAGGAUGCAACAACAGGUUUGGAAGAAUCAACAACGAAUGCUGAUGCCAAACUGCCAGUUUCAACCCCUGUUUAUAGCAAGUCGGAUGCUGCUAAACUGCCUGAAGAAAACGAAGUCAUAUUGGAUGAAGUGGAGCACAUCGACAUCGAUGGACAAGAACAAGCUGGAGGGGUAUAUGUACAUCGCCCUGGCACUGGAGUGCCCAAGACAUGGGAACCCCGUAAAGGACGAGCACGUGCUCCAGACACUGAGAUCCAGCAGGAGGUUGACCCAUCAAAGGAAGAUCCUCCUACCCCAAAGAGUAGCGGACGUGGCGGUAUGUUCAGUUUUCUCCGGAGGAGCUCGAAGAAGGAGAGCUUCCGCGGCCUUGAUCCUAAUAUCCCUACAAGUCCAGGCCCUCAGAGUGCAACAGAGGUUGAUCCGAACCUCCCUCGAACCCCGCGUCCCAACCUGAGGGAGCUUGGUGAGAAGCGGACGUCGAUAAAGAUUGUCGUCGGCGAAGGUGCAAACAAAGGAGACGCAGAAAGCUUGACUGAAGAUAUAGCGAAGGUGGUGGAGAAAAACGUGGGCGAGCCAGGCAGAUCAGUGACAAGCACGUUGAGCAGGAAGAUCUCCAUGAAGAGACAGGAGGACAAGCUGUCGGAUAUACCAGGGCAGGCUGAAGCUCGUGGACCUGAGUUGGUGGCCAAUGAAGGGCCUGUCACAAUCGAGGGUAAGCCGAUGGAUGGCCGCCCUAAAACAGAAGUACAGGAUAUUGCAGUGGAAGCAGAAACUUCAUAAAUCACAUUAGAUGCAAGAAGCAAGGUCAGAAAUUGUUAUUGUUUCUGCUGCUGGUGGUAGUACGUAGAUUUGCUAUGCGUGUCUCGCAUUGCUUGUUGUCCAUAGGUGUGAAGAAGAAUAAUGAUUUUAGAGGUGGUUGUAAAAUGGGACAGAGCAGUGGGCUGUACUAUGCAUCAUGGGUGAUCAUGUUGUAAGAUUUUUUUUUUUUUUGACAGAAAAGUUGUAAAGAUAUACAGUACCCAACAAUCUGUAUGUACACAUACGCCAGUAUGUAAAAGAUAUAUCAUUGUUUGUUUGUGCA